AUGGAGAGUCGCUGUUCUCCGUCUGUCGAGAUGACUGGGAAGAAGCGAGUCUCUCCGGCGCCUGCGGCCGUCGUCUCGGGUGAGGUUGACCCUCUUGCCUCCCUCUCGCCUCGCCUCGGAGGUCUGAAGAACUGGAGAGACACGACGCAAAACGAGAGCGAGAAGACGUCUGGUGAUGCCUCCGCCUCUUCUCCCUCUUCGUCGACGAGGCUGAGGUUUCCCUACGGCGCGAGCGUUCCUUCCGACCGAAGAAUCCCCUACUGUCGCCCACCUGGGGGUCGUUCCUCUGCGAGCUCGCGGCCUUCUUCGUCGCCUUCUGCCGCUCCUUCUGCCGUUCCUUCUGCCGUUCCUCCGGCGUCCCCAGCUUCUCUGGAGACGCGCGAGGAGGGCGGCCGCGCGAAGAAGAGCGUUCGAUUUGCCUCCGUUCCGAAGAAGAGCGCCGAUUCUUCUUCUUCUUGUAAUGCGACUGUGGCAGAUCCUUACGCGUCGGGGAAGCCUGUCUGCACUGUGCCGGACAAAUGGCGCUUGCUUCCGGCCUUCUUCGCGGCGAAGGGACUGGUGCACCAACACAUUGAGUCGUACAAUUUCUUCGUGGACACUGAGCUGCAGAACAUUCUCCGCGCGCCUUCCAAUCGGCUCGUGAAGAGCGACGUCGACCCGUCGUUCUUCAUCGAGUUCCUCAACAUCUCCGUCGGAACGCCGCGCUACGAGGAAGGCAUGAUUCUGCAGAGACUCACACCGCGGAUUUGCCGCACCCGCGAAAUCACCUACGCGGCGCCGGUCUUCGUCGACGCGGAGUACAGCAAAGGCGACGAAAUCAUCCGCAGAAAGCAUGUGGAAAUCGGCUCGAUCCCCGUCAUGCUCCGAAGCCGCGUCUGCGUCCUCCACGGCAAGGAUCCUCAAACCUUGCAGAGACUCGGCGAGUGCCCUUUCGACCCUGGCGGCUACUUCAUCGUCAAGGGCACAGAAAAGGUUUUGCUGAUGCAAGAGCAACUCUCGAAGAACCGAAUCAUCGUGGAGACGGACAUGAAGCACAACGUCUGUGCGACGGUGACGUCGGCGACGGCAGAGUCGAAGUCGCGGACGGCCGUGGUCCUGAAGAACAACAAGUUGUAUUUGCGGCACAACUCGUUUCUGGACGACUUGCCUGCAUGCAUUGUACUACGCGCGAUGGGGACGGAGACGGACCAGGAAAUCAUGCAGAUGAUUGGCGCUGGCGGGGCGCUCGCAGAUGUGACGGGGAACACCGCGCAGGAGGCGGUUUCGCUCUCGCUGCAGGACUGCCAUACAGAAAAUGUCCUGACUCAGCAGCAGGCGCUGUUGUGGGUCGGUUCGCGGAUUCGGCCCAAGAUGCAGGCGAAGGGAUUUUUCACUCCGGUCGCGCGCGGCGCGCUGCUGUCCGAGCGCGGCGGCGCAGGCCGGAGCGCGAAGUCUGUGGUUGACGAGGCAGUGGACGUUCUGCACCGCGUAGUUCUGUCGCACAUCGAGACGACGGGGAGCGACUUCCGCGCAAAGACGAGGUUUUUGUGUUUGAUGAUUCGUCGUGUGCUCGACGCGGCGAGCGACCCGUCGCUGAUGGACGACAAAGACUACUACGGAAACAAGCGCCUGGAGCUCGCCGGGCAGCUGCUCUCGCUGCUCUUUGAAGAUCUGUUCAAGCGGUUCUGCACCCAUGUGAAGAAGCAAGCGGACUACGCCCUCAGCCGGUACCACCAGGCGCGAGGCGGUGCAGGCGGCCUCGGAUCGAGGAAGGACGAGGUGCCGUACCCCGACUGCUUCCGGAAUCUGCCGACAGACAUCAUCACGCGCGGCAUGCAGACGGCUCUGAGCACGGGGAACUGGACGAUCAAGCGGUUUCGCAUGGAACGCUCGGGCGUCUCGCAGGUCCUCUCGCGUCUGUCCUACAUCGCAACUCUCGGGAUGAUGACGCGGAUCAACUCGCAGUUCGAGAAAGGUCGCAAAGUCUCCGGACCGCGAGCGCUGCAGCCUUCGCAGUGGGGCAUGCUCUGUCCCUGCGACACACCUGAGGGCGAGUCCUGCGGCUUGGUGAAGAACCUCGCGCUGGUGACUCACGUGACGACGGACGAAGACCCAACGCCGAUCUCGUCUCUCGCCUUCUGCCUCGGAGUCGAAGACGCCGACGCCAUCAGCGGCGAGGAACUCCACGACCGCGGAACGUACCUGGUCAUGCUCAACGGCGCGCUUCUCGGCGUCCACCGACGACCUCGCCAGCUGAUGAAGAACAUUCGCUUGCUGCGGAGACACGGCGAAGUCGGCGAGUUCGUCUCCGUCCAUGUGAACGAAGCGCACAAGACAGUGUACAUCGCCUCCGACGGCGGGAGACUCUGUCGGCCGCUGAUCGUCGUGGACUCCGGUCGUCCGCGACUCUUGCCGACGCACAUGGCCCAGCUCGAGAACGGCGAGAUGUGUUUCAUGGACCUUUUGAGGAGCAGCAUUCUCGAGUGGAUCGACGUUAACGAGGAAAACAACUUGCUCAUCGCCCUCAGAGAGGAAGACAUCACUGCAGAGACGACACACCUCGAAAUCGACCCGCUGACGCUCCUCGGCGUCGUCGCCGGCCUCAUCGCGUUCCCAAACCACAACCAGAGUCCGCGAAACACAUACCAGUGCGCCAUGGGCAAGCAGGCGAUGGGCGCGAUCGCCUACAAUCAAUUCAACAGAUGCGACACCCUCCUCUACCUCCUCGUGUACCCACAAAAACCGCUCUGCAAAUCCAGAACUCUCGACCUGGUCCACUUCGAACAGCUCCCGGCAGGUCAGAAUGCAAGUGUGGCGAUUAUGAGUUUUUCUGGCUACGACAUUGAAGACGCGAUUGUGUUGAAUCGGGGGGCGGUGGAUCGGGGAUUCGGGCGUUGCUUCGCGCUGCGGCGUUACUCUGUGGAGCUGAAGAAGUACUUCAACGGAUCGACGGAUCGAACCUUCCCACCGCCUGUCGCGCAAGCCUCCGGGCCAGGGAGCGGUAAGGCGGCGUCGGGACUGCACCGAAAGAGUUUUUUCCCGGGCGGCAGAGGCGCGGUUUCUCGUCGCUUCGAGGCGCUGGAAGACGACGGCGUAGUCCGCGUCGGCGAACUCCUGGAAGAAGACCAAGUGUACGUCCACAAGUUCUCGCCGACCAAUACUCGGGAACAUGUGAGCGACCCUCUGCAGCUGGACAACUCGCUGUACGCGCCGUCAUUUGCGCGGUACAAGACGGUCGUUCCUUCCUACGUCGAGCGCGUCGUCUGCACGGACAACUCGGACGGCUGUCGAACCUACAAAGUGAUGAUGCGCCAGACGCGGCUGCCGGAACUCGGGGACAAGUUCAGCUCUCGACACGGCCAAAAGGGUGUCGUGGGCUUGAUUGCCCCGGCCGAAGACCUGCCGUUCGCCGAGUCCGGAUGGUGUCCAGACUUGAUCAUGAAUCCGCACGGCUUCCCCUCGCGCAUGACGGUCGGCAAAAUGAUGGAGUUGAUCGCGGGGAAGAGCGCCCUGCAAGUCGGCGCCUGUCAGUACGGCACAGCCUUUGGAGGCGUCGGGGUCGAGACGCUCGGCGAGAUCCUCGCGGCUCACGGCUUCCACUACUCGGGGAAGGAGUACCUGACGUCGGGCAUUACCGGCGAGGCGCUGCAGACCUACGUUUUUGCCGGACCCAUCUACUACCAAAAGCUGAAGCACAUGGUCCAGGACAAGAUCCACGCGAGAGGCCGCGGACCGCGGCAACUUCUCACGCGACAGCCGACGGAGGGUCGCGCCAAGGAAGGCGGCCUACGCCUCGGCGAGAUGGAGAGAGACUGCCUCGUCGCUUACGGAAGCAGCGCGUUGCUGAUGGAACGCCUGAUGCUCAGCUCCGAUGUCUUCGAGGCGAGUGUCUGCUCGACGUGUGGCUUGAUGGGCUACGAAGGCUGGUGCCCGUACUGCAAAAGUGGAAAACACGUCGCGCCGAUCCGCAUGCCUUACGCAUGCAAGCUCCUCUUCCAAGAACUCAUGAGCAUGAACGUCUGCCCCAGGCUGCACAUCAAGGAAAUGUAG